UGAAACAAGAUCAACAAGACCCUCCAAUUACAUCAAUUAUUCUCCUAACUUUUUCUUUGUCAAAUCAAGCAAACAUGUCAAGUGCCCAGCAAAGCUUCAGUGCAGGUCAAACCCAAGGCCAGACUCAGGGUAAGGCAGAAAAUAUGAUUCAAUCCACAAAAGAAACAGCUUCGGCAGCUGCUGAUAAGGCUCAGUCAGCAGCUAACACAACCGGCCAAACUGCUGAACAAAACAAGGAGGAAGCUGCUGGUUUUCUCCAACAGACUGGGGAGCAAGUGAAGAGCAUGGCUCAAGGUGCUGUGGAUAGUGUGAAGCACACUCUUGGAAUGGACAAGAAGUGAAAUCACUCUAGGAAUGGACAAGAAGUGAAAUCACUCUUGGAGUGGACAAGAAGUGAAACUAGAGAUCAUGAUUAUUAUAUAUAUAUUUGUCAGAGCAUUUAGCUGUUACUUCAAUUCAAAUUGAAGAAAAUAAUACAUUUGUUUAUUUGUUGUUAGAGAUUCUUGCUUUUCCCUAUUAAUUGUUAGGGAUCAGCAUGUUAAGUAUGUAUUGAUUAAUGAUUGUGAAAUUGUCGAAGGAAAUCCAAUUUCAAUUGUAAUAAAACAACUUCUUUAUUUAUUCUUGAU